CAAAGCCUGCACUAGCCAGAGCUAGCACAGUGCACUUAGCUAGCUUACUUUGCUCUCCAUCAUACUACCAAUCAUGGCGGCGCCGGGGAGAAAUGCCGUGAGUACUAGUGUCGUCCUCAGCUGCCUCCUGGCGACCCUCCUGCUCGCCGCUGGAAGCUCCUCAGCUCAGCUGUCGACGGGCUUCUACGCCUCGUCGUGCCCGGAGCUCCUCGACGCCGUGCGGUCGGCGCUCCGGCCGGCGGUGGCCCGGGAGCGGCGUGUGGCGGCGUCCAUCCUCCGCCUCUUCUUCCACGACUGCUUCGUCCAGGGCUGCGACGGGUCACUGCUGCUGGACGAUGCGUCAGGGUUGAAGGGCGAGAAGAACGCAGCCCCGAACAAGGACUCCGCCAGAGGGUUUGAUGUAGUCGACGCUGUCAAGGCCGCCGUCGAGAAGGCCUGCCCCGGCGUCGUCUCCUGCGCCGACGUGCUCGCCGCCUCCGCCAUGGAAGGCGUCGCCCUCCUGGGCGGGCCGAGGUGGAAGGUAAAGAUGGGGCGGAGGGACUCGACGACGGCGAGCUUCAACGGCGCAGAGAAUGACAUCCCACCGCCGACUUCCGGGCUCGCCAACCUCACCAGGCUCUUCGCUGCUAAGGGCCUCUCACAGAAGGACAUGGUCGCCCUCUCAGGAGCCCACACGAUCGGCCUAGCACGCUGCACAAACUUCCGGGACCACAUCUACAACGACACCGACAUCGACGCCGGCUUCGCCGGAACCCUCCAGCAGAGGUGCCCCCGCGCCACCGGCUCCGGGGACAACAACUUGGCUCCACUAGACCUCCAGACCCCGAACGUCUUCGAGAACGCCUACUACAAGAACCUCGUCGCGAAGAAGAGCCUCUUACACUCGGACCAGGAGCUCUUCAAUGGCGGCGCCGCUGACGCGCAGGUCCGGGAGUAUGUCGGUAGCCAGAGCGCCUUCUUUGCAGACUUCGUGGAGGGGAUGGUGAAGAUGGGUGACGUCACGCCGCUCACGGGGUCGAAUGGGCAGAUCAGGAAGAACUGUCGGAGGGUUAACUAAUUAACUAGUUUCUGUCAGAAAGCUAGCUGUUGUGAUAUGAAUUAUGAUAUGGUUGUUUCCUGCCGUAUGAUUCUGUUUCUGCAAUUGUUAAGCUAAUUAUGUAUUGUGGCAUGCUAGCUGCAAAGUGGUUUAUAUUGCUCGGUCGAGUGAAAUGCAAUGGAAGUCCUAGAAGUAUUGUGGAA